GUUAGUUGAUAACGUGAAUUAUUAUUGUAAAUAUCGCAAAAGAUAGUUUACUAUCAAUGGGAACCUCCUAAGUAGCGAAAGCUGUUACUGGUACUGUAAAACAGAUUUCGCCAGCCAAAAUGCAUCCCGUUGCACUGUCAGCCAGCUCUAAUUCGGCUUUUAGCAAACUAAGUCCGACAAAUUCGGAGACGAAUUCGGACUCUCAUACAGAAAAAGCACCACAGAAUAUGUCAUCGUCACAGCCAUCGCCAAAAUCAUCGACUGUCACAUCAUCAUCGUCAUCACCCCCGGCUCAGAAACAUGUGCUCAAAUUCAGCGUGGACUCUAUGCUCUCAGAAAAGUGUCCCCCCUCUCGGGAGGAAAGUAGGGAGAGGUCUCGCUCUCCUGACUCUGUGACGUCCGAGGACGAGAGUCCCCGGGAAUCCUCUCCAAAAAUUAACUCUUCUAUGACUCCUUUCUCCAUGGACGGAAUACUCAACAAACAGCAUUCGAUGCUCCGAUCGGACGCGGUCCCUUCUGCCAUCAUGUCACACGUGGCCUCGGAACGUUGGAACGGUUUCUAUGGAAAUACCACAUUUCCCUGGCUUCCUGGUUCCAUAUCCCCGCCAAAAGUCCCUCCUAGUCCCCCCAGAAUCAACCCCCAGAAAUGCACACUACGGAAGCACAAGACCAACCGGAAGCCCCGGACACCCUUUACCACGUCCCAGCUCCUGGCCCUGGAACGGAAGUUCCGCCAGAAACAGUACCUGUCCAUAGCGGAGAGAGCGGAAUUCUCGGCUUCACUGAACCUCACCGAGACCCAAGUCAAAAUCUGGUUCCAAAACAGGAGGGCCAAAGCCAAGCGUCUCCACGAGGCAGAGUUAGAGAAACUGAAAAUGGCGAGCAAACCCAUGCUUCCGCCCGCCAUUGGAGUGACUUUUCCCGCCGCAGCAGCGUUGUAUGGACAAUAUGCUCGACCCCAAGGCUUCCCUCAUUCAUUCCUUACCCCGUUUAGCUACGCAUUAACCCCAAGUAAUAUGGGGAUGUCAUUUCCUCAUUGACAGUUUUUACCUCAGAGUAAAAAAAGGACCAUUUUGAGUGUGUGGUCAUUGUGACUGGACUAGGGUCACGUGAUUUGAGCGACCGUACUGUCUCCCUCAGUGACAAAUCAGGAGGUGUGUGCCAAAGAUGGAUAGAUCCGUCACCCAGACAGGGCAUUGUGGAUGUAGUGCUACCCGACUCUUGUAGUGGCGCUGAGUGCCAGCGCUGUGCCGUAGGGUAACUAUUCUAUGGUAACUGUUCUAUCAGAAGCUGUUCCCGGUCCCUGCGGGAUUAGGACGUAUUCAGAACUUUCAAUGGGAUCUUUCUUCCCGUUUUGUAAGACAUGAUGUAAGUUCUAGCAAUGGGUGUUCUGUGAAAAGAACAUGUUAAUUUUUUUUUUAUCAAAUAGAAUUUCAAAUUAAAAGCCAAAUUGAAUUUAUUAAAACCGCUGUCAU